AUGAUCUUCGCCGCCCGCCAACUUCAGGAGAAGUGCCAGGAGAUGCGGACCCACCUGUACUCUACCUUUGUGGACCUGACGAAAGCCUUCGACACGGUGAAUCGUGAAGGACUGUGGAAGAUCAUGCAGAAAUUCGGCUGUCCGGAGCGAUUCACUCAGAUGGUGCGUCAGCUGCACGACGGUAUGAUGGCGCGAGUCAUGGACAACGGAGCUGUCUCAGAGGCAUUUGCUGUGACCAACGGAGUGAAGCAGGGAUGCAUGCUGGCACCAACCCUCUUCAGCCUUAUGUUCUCUUCCAUGCUGAUGGACGCCUACCGCGACGAACGCCCUGGAAUCGGCAUCGCCUAUAGAACGGACGGUCAUCUCCUGAAUCACCGGCGCAUGAACUCCCAAUCGCGCGUAUCCACAACUACCGUGCACGAAAUCCUCUUCGCCGACUACUGCGCCCUGAACACCACCUCCGAAGCCGAGAUGCAACGGAGCAUGGACCUAUUCUCCGCUGCCUGCGAGAACUUCGGUCUGAUCAUUAACACGCAGAAGACGGUGGUGGUGCACCAACCUCCGCCCAACUUAGCCACAGCCCCCAACGCGCCGCAAAUCAGCGUGAAUGGAACCCAACUGCAAGUGGUGGAGAACUUCCCGUACCUGGGAAAUACCCUAUCUCGCAACACAAAGAUCGAUGACGAAGUCGCCAACCGAAUCUCGAAAGCCAGUCAAGCCUUCGGUCGCCUCCAAAGCACAGUUUGGAAUUGCUACGGUCUCCAACUGAGCACAAAGCUGAAGAUGUACAAGGCCGUCAUCCCGCCGACGUUACUGUACGGAGCAGAGACAUGGACGGUGUACACGAGGCAGGCACGUCGACUGGAACACUUCCACCUCAGUUGUCUCCGUCGCAUCCUGAGGCUGAACUGGCGCGACCGCAUCCCUGACACCGAUGUGCUGGAGCGGACGGGAAUCCUGAGCAUCUACUCCAUGUUGAGACAAAUGCAGCUGCGCUGGAGUGGCCACCUGUUGCGCAUGGACGACGAGCGACUACCCAAACGACUCUUCUACGGAGACGUCGCGACGGGUUCUCGUCGUCAAGGAGGCCAAAUUCGCCGUUACAAGGAUACCCUGAAGUCCUCCCUGAAGCGCCUGCAAAUCAACCCGUCCAACUGGGAAGAUCUCGCCCGCGAUCUUCCGACAUGGAGGAGAACAUUGAAGACGGGCGCUGCUAUCUAUGAAGCCAACCGAAUCGCCGCCGCCAAAGCGAAAGGCGAAGUCCGCAAAUCACAACUUCGCCCAGUACGCAACGCCGCCGCACAACCUCUCCCUACGUGUCCUCGAUGUCAACGGACAUUCCGGGCACGAAUCGGACUUGUUGAAAAUCUGCGGAUCAACUGCACCUCUCGAACUGCUCCAGCCAUCGUCCCCCCGCCCGCCUCUUCCUCGUCCUCUCUGCCGCCAACUAACUCUGUUAACUCUUCUGUACCACCACUUCCAUCCUCCUCCUACUCCUCCCCCACUGCCCCAGCGGCGGCCGUUCAGACUGCCAUCUCACACAUCACCAACCCCAACACAACAACCGACACCACCUCUCCCGAUACUGCUGAUGAGGAUCAGGACUACACCUGCCCUCACUGCGACCGCACCUUCACCUCUCGCAUCGGCCUGGUCGGUCACUUGCGAAUCCAUCGCACAGAGACUGGCGAACCAGUGCCUGGAGCACCAACCUACACCCACCGCACUCGCCUUCACUGCCCACACUGUCCUCGCAGCUUCAUUCAUCGCAUGGGUCUAUUCGGCCACAUGCGCAUCCACGAGAGCGGCAUUGACCGCAGCCUUGACACACCCACAACACUAGGCCCCGCACCCAGUUCAUCACCUUGUGCGGCCAACAACCUCUCCGCAACCGCCGUCGAUGCCACCGACUUUACUACCCCCCACUCCUCCCCUUCCUACUCCUCUUCCUCCUUCACUGCCACAACGACGGCCGCCUCGGCGUCUGUCGCCCACGACUUCACCACAGCCGCACCUGACACAACAACAGGCACAACCCCUGCAACCUCCAUCAUCAGACGUGAGGGCCAGGACUACAUCUGCCUUCACUGCGAUCGCACCUUCACUUCACGCAUCGGCCUGGUCGGUCACCUGCGAAUCCAUCGCACAGAGACUGGCGAACCAGUGCCUGGAGCACCAACCUACACCCACCAUGCUCGUCUCCACUGCCCACACUGUCCUCGCACCUUCAUGCAUCGCAUGGGUCUAUUCGGUCACAUGCGCAUCCACGGCGACCUGCGGUAG